AUGAACACAUCUGCGCUGAGCUUGGAAGUUAGACGUUAUUCAAGCUAUUUAGAGUAUGCACCAGCUCCGCAAGGAUUCCAAAGCACAAGAAUUCCUACAAACAUCAAUCAAUGGCAACAUUUUCAAGGCAGCGGGAAGAUACAUAUAAAGCUGCACCAGCAAGGCUUUGACGAAGGCUUAGUGCAACUGGUUGUGGACGCUCAGGUCGUGGAACAGAUCGCAUGGAAAAGAAGAGAGUCCUUGAGCCAAAUUGCUCAAUAUUCAGCCAAAUACCCCGCGGUGCUGUGUAAAUACCUGAUACAGCUGCAAGGCAAAGUAUUCAUGAAAAGAUUCCAGAUAGGCUUUUAUAGUGUGGGUGAUUUUGAAAGAUGUUGUGAAGCACUGCGUUCUCAAGGAUUCCACAUCAAGAUGGCGCCCAUGUUCCAUGCAAGCCAGUUCUCACAAAGCUUCGAAGAAACCAUAAUGAGCUCCCAGUAUGCUGAUGACAAGACUUAUUCGACCCCGCCCGACUCUCAGAUUGUUAGCACACGAGCUAUCCAGAACGAAAAACGCCUGCCGCCACUAAAUGUUCAAAGCAAGGAUGAUUUUAACAGUCAAUUUGCCGGUGUGUACAAUAUUUCUCCGUCUUGUACGGGGCUAGACACGCAAAGCUUUUCACAGACCAUGAACGACCCUCUGAUACAGGAGUUAAAUGACUUCGAAGUACAGGUAGCUAAUUAUCAGCUACCGGCGAUAUUGCAUGAGAAUAAAGCCAAGCAACCCAAAUUAUCCGCAAACUUUGAAAAUGGCUUUGUUCACCAGAACUCUUUAGCAAAGUCUACCAGCGUAAACGUAUGCUCUGAUGAGGUAGGUAAAAAGCCUCUUCAAAUUGAAAUGAAUGCCGACGAUCCUGUGAGGUGUCUAAACUCUGCUACAAAUGUCAAUGAAAGCUAUGCUGUGUCUGCGUAUACCGCGCCUGAAAUAGAGCAAGAAAAAUCUAAAGUGGAUGAAGUGACAGUACCCGAUCUUGAUAUUUCAGUUGCAGCUACAGAUGUCAGUUUUAAAGCUGCAGAUAAAUCACCACUUUGCAUUGAACAUGGAAAGUUACAAGAUUUUGCUAGCAAAGAUAAAGCCCCAUCCUAUCCAGUUUCAUUCACAUCACCGAAAACCCAGUCUUAUGGCGAGUUUACCCAAGUAGAAUCGAUUUUAACGCACCCAUUAGAAGGUCUAUGCCAAAAUCGACGCUCAGGUUUGUCUGAACAAUCAGAAGAGACUAAUACCGCUAAACGGAGAACUAAAAUAUCGCCCGACAUCAUAAGCGAAAAACUCAAAGAUGUCGCUUUCACCACUUGGGUAUGUUCCGAAAAAAGCAUUUACUAA